CUAAACACCGUAGACAACAACCUUCACUAUGGUUAGAGAGAUAGACCCACCAUCAGUCCAGAACGAGUUUCUCCUCGCCGCCUUGGCCGAGGGGAAAAGGCUUGACGGCAGGCUACCCCUUCAGAUGCGGGACGUCCAUUACAUUUUUGGAGAUGAGCUUGGCUGUGUGGAGUGUCGCUUGGGGAAGACAGCUAUACUUGCUCAAGUGUCGGCGACAAUUGUCAAACCGCGAGAUGACAGACCCUAUGAAGGAUUUCUAUUGAUCAACUCUGAAAUCGGACCUAUGGCUAGCAGUGUUUAUGAAAACGGAAGACCCGGUGACGAUGAAGUCAUGAUUGGGAGACUUCUAGAGAAGAGUAUCCGACGUACUGAAGCCAUUGACAGAGAAGCCUUGUGCAUUCUUGCAGGCGAAAAGGUUUGGCAACUGCGCCUCACUUUGCACUUUCUCUCGGAUUCAGGCAAUCUCCUUGACUGUGCCGCUCUUGCAGGCAUGGCAGCGUUGAAACAUUUCAGAAAACCGGAUGUAGAAGUUAUUGGCGACGAGGUCAUCAUACACUCACCAGAGGAGCGAGCUCCUGUGCCAUUGGCCAUCCACCAUACACCCCUAUGUCUCACGUUUGCCUACUUUGAAAAUCUCCCUCCAAUCCUUGACCCCUCCCACGUCGAAAUGAUGCUUUGCUCGGGCACAUUAACCCUUACGCUUAACGCACAGCGAGAGAUCUGCGUCCUUUCAAAAGCUGGCGGGGCCCCUCUCGGCGCCGAAGAAAUUAUGGGCGUCGUCAAAGUCGGUGUUGAUAAGGUCAGAGAAUUAGUGAGGCAUUUGGAGGAAGAGCUAGAAAAGGACCGUACGAGCAGAGUUGUUGAAGUACGUUAGGCAUCCAGCAUCCAAAUAGUAUAGCGACCAUUACAUCCAAAGAUACCCUGCAUCUGUAUACCUUUACCACCUAUAGCCCGGGACAUGCAUUUAAUUGUCGGGCGCCCAGUUGUGCUAAGGCGGCGACUGGCUGUUGCGUGUU